UCUGCAUAGAACAAGGGAUGACUGCUGAAAACGAAAGUAAAUUCAGAAUCUGUAAAACUCUUCUUUCAUAUUUUCCUGUGCUGCUGGCACUUUUUGUGUUUAAAAUGGAUCCAUCCAUGCAGUUACCGGGCUGCUGCUUCUGGGAGCCAGGCAAAGGCAGAGAUUGAAGAGCCACCCGAUAAACUCCCCCGUGACUCCGCUAGAAUGUUGACAAUACUUUAUGAGCAGUCUGUGUUGAGGGCUGAGGAGCUGAAAGAGAGAAGCUAUUUGGGUCUUCCAAAUCAGCUGCUGCCCACUCUGGAGGAGCUAAGCACAGAGGAGUUGAGGAGAUUUCAGUUGUACCUGACUGGUGACCAGCUGCCUGGCUUGCCUCCUGUCCCAGAGAGCCAACUGGAGAGGGCUGGCUGGCGGAAGACAGUGGUAACCCCCCAGAAAUACAGCCCUGAGAAUGCUGUGAAGAUCACAGUGGGCAUCCUGAGAAGGAUGAACCGGAAAGAUCUCAUUGAAAAGUUAGAGAGAGAUCACAGAGGGAGCACCCAUGCUUCUGCCUCUACACGGCCUCACUCUGCUUCCUCUGUUGGGCAGUCCAGCAUCUUGAGAAGUCCCAGUAAGAGAGCAGAAGGGACUUUGGAGCGUGGAACCUAUCUGGUGAGAGGCUUGGAUCUCUUAGAGGUGGGGUCAGCGAGGAAGAGGAGGAGAAGGUACAGACCGAAGAUUCUGACUGGCAGUCUGAAGAAGAGAAAGCAAGAGGGACCCACAAUGUUGCCUGUCCCAAAUCUUCUACUGGAAACUCUAGAGAAGCUGAGCAGAGUCAAGCUGAAAAGGUUUCAGUGGCAUCUGACUGAGGAUGUUUUGGACAAACUUCCUCCCAUUCCAGAGAGCCAGCUGAAGAACUCUGACUGGCAGGACACAGUGGAUCAGAUCAUGCAGACCUAUGGCCCUGAGAAAGCUGUGGAGAUCACAGUGGUGGUCCUGAGGUUGCUGUACCGGAAUGAUCUUGCUGAAGUCUUAGAGAGAUCUCAUAGAGGAGCCCAGGGUGCAUUGCAUGGUAAAGUUGCGAAUGACAGACUCAACUCUUUGAGGCACACCGAUCUGCAGGAUGAACAUGUGCCUGUCUGCUCAUACCGGGGCUCCAGAGAAAAAUCCCCAUCUUUAAAAAAAAGUGAGACGACAUGGUAUGUCUCACCGGGCAUUCUUACACCUGCCAGUUCUACCAUAUCUUGCUCUUGCUCUGAGAGUGACCUUGAGGAGGAACACGUCCAACUUGUUGGCAGUCCUUCUAGUGCCUCGGAUAGAGAAGCAUCGGAUACCAAAGCUGUUGACGCUCUCUCUAAGCCUGCGACCCCUUAUCAAUUUGAACCUAAAACAUGUGAGCACAAGGGAACAUACUGGUUCCAGUGCCCCCAUGCAGGUCUGUUCCAGUGCAGUAUAACAGGACUAGUAUUUGAGAUGGAGGGGGAGGGAGAGGUGCUCUAUUGGACAGUCCCUUGGAACAGGAGGCUUCUAGCCCAGAGAGGCAAGAGGCCUGCAGGGCCCCUGUUUAAGUUUACAUGUCCCCAAGGUUCUGUCGGUCAACUACACCUCCCACACUGUGAGCUCUAUGAUCAGGGUGGAUGUGAGUUCCUGUCUGUAGCCCAUGUGACUGAUGACAAAAAAGUGGAAUUUAUCGAUGACCUUGAGCUAACAAACACACAUGUCAUAAUAAAUGUCACUGGAUUCUCUAAGUAUGGCAUCGUCAGUGAAGAAGGCAGGCCCAUCUCCCCUAUCGAUACCCUUGUCUUGUUAUUCUACCAACUCCCAGAUGUUGACAAGAGGUCCAUCCUGAAGGUUUUGUUGCUUCCCAGUAAUGUUGUACUCAAGGAGGUACUGGAGGAAAGGAGAAGCAGCAAUGGGGAUAGAGAAAUCUACCUUGAAACAACUUCUCACUGCCAACUCACCCCGAAGCAAGAAUACACCCUCUCCACCGAUCUUACAGAUAACCAUCGAAUAAAACCAACGAAAGCAUCAUUUGUUGAUUUCCAGUCCUAUGAAAACUACAUUCCAACAUUUCAGCUGUUCAUGCAAUCGAUUGUUAAGGAAGCAAAUAUUUUUCUGAACGAAAAUGGCAGUGAUGAAUUUGUAUGGGAUGGACUUGUCUGGCUUCCAGCCUCACCAACAGAAUUCACUUCUACAGUUUUGGGCCCUCCACCUGCAACUCCUUUUAUCCCCCCUGGUCGAGCCUUCAUUACAAAACACAGAAUGGCGCUAGAGAUUCGUCUGGGAGUCUUGCGACCCAUACUCCUGCGUCUCCAGCAACCGGACCAGGGGGUUCUGAUUGACGAGGAGAGGCAGGAGGUGCUCAGCUUAACCACCAAGACCCUGCAGAACCAAGCUCUGCUGGACAUGGUGAUCAGAAAGGGGGCCCGCGCCCAGGAACACUUCUACCAAGCCCUGAGAGAAGCAGACCACUGCCUGGUUGAAGACCUGGAAGAGCCGACAGCAUGAGAGGUGGUGAUAGACACAAGAAGAUCAGAGUGUAUUUAAUGAGGAGCCAUCCUGAUCAGAGGUGGUUGGUGUGUAAAGUGUUAACCCCACCCAGGAUAUGACAGCACUUUCAUCAGGUUGAAUUCACUAGACACCAAGUGGACUGAAAUAUGGAGGUGAUAUAGAAUUUUGUUAUGAAUUUACAUAAAUGUCAAUUAUCCUACUCGGUCUGCAACCCAGAGUGUGUAAAGUUCUGGUUUAAACGAAACAGACAGAAUUCCCAGCUCACAAUUAGUCAAAUCCAAGUUUAUUCACGAGACCUCUACUGUGCAUAUACAAAGAUGUUCCUUUUAUAACAUUCUUCUUUAGCUACGCACACACAUGCACACUAACAUUAGGAUACUAUCUUCUUCUCCUGAAUUCUCACCAGUUUAUCACUACCCAGCUGACAGUUCCAGUCCCCCCCAGAUAAGAGAAACCUGGAGUGGUACUCCCUGUCCUAUCUUAUCUCCCCAGAGUUCUAGCCGGGUCGGUUCAAACAUAGGUUAAGGAAUCCCUUUGUUUUCUUUCGGCACACACAUACAUUCUUCUAUUCCCCAGUCCAACCUAGUUGGACAUAGGUUUAUUAUUUUUAAUUACUCCUUGUCCCUGCAACAUAACCUCUAAACCCUAAUGGUUAAGUUUCUGGGUAGAAUUAUUUAAUAAUUUAUCUUAAACCUUAUAAAUUAUUUUAUCAGUCCACCUUUUAAUGACUAAAUAAUUCACAAAAAUAUAUCAAACACUAUAUGGAAACAAAUGUUAUACAAGAAUAAACCAAACCAAUACAUGUAUUUACAUUCGAUUCCUCAUCAGUGACUGUUCUACGCCUAUAUCCAAUUAUAACUCUUCCGGUUUAGGAUUUUCAUCAACAUUUUCAUGAAAGGAACAGCCUCCAACUAAACAUUGAAAACAGUCUCAUCUAACAUUGGCUCCUCGUAAUUAAAAGAAACAGAGCAAUCUCCUAGGCCUGGAAGUCUGUAUUCGUCAUCCCACUGGUCGGAGCUUGGAAUCGUUCCGUAUCUUACCAUCUGUUGCAUCAUUGACCUCUCCAGAGACCUAGUGAUCAAACCUCUCAUACACAGAAUCAAACAACACCCACACAGAACCAAAACACUCAUACAGGUGAAAGUUGCCCACAGCACAGUGAUUAUAACAUUUUUCCAUUUUCCAAACAUACUGAGUUUGGAAACUGAGUUCUCUGCUAAUUCCCUGAGUUCUCUGCUAAUUCGUGAGCUAAUGUGGUUAAACCAGCCAGGGCCUUGGUCACUGAUCCGUCUAGAGCUGUGUUAUUUAAAAAUAAACGUACAGCAAUGAACCCCUAUCAUUCUACAUACCCUGCCCUUUUCUACCAAUUAACAUAUUGAAAGUCAGUCUAUUUUACCAGGUCAUGAGGGAGGUGACAGAUAAUUGGUCAGAGAACCCCUUUACUGCAUCCCCAGUAUCAUUCACGUAUCUCUGUUGAAUAUAAUAGAUGUCAUUCAUCCAAUCCACAUUUUGAUUUAUUGUCAACCACCAAAAUAAUGUAGUUGUUAAGCCUUCACCUAUUUGCUUCAUCUGGAACUUCCCUGAGGAUGCCAGUAGCAUCCAUCUAGACUCCCAUCCUGGUCAAAACUCUUCUUGUGCCUAAUUGUGCCUGAAUUGUUUAAUGUUUACCUUAAAUCCUGCAUUGUGAUCUUCUUUGACUCCUUAUUCUGUAAGGCACUCAUCAGUGUAUUAUAUAGUUUAUAUUUUACUUCUUAUCAAUGACAAUGGCGUCCUAUAAUUAGGAUUUGGAUGUAUCAGAAAGGUUACCGAGACUAUGAUGCAUCUCAGAGCCCCUACUCUUCCCAAUAAACGGCAACCCUCUCCUGCCCUUAGUCGGUCUGCUAGGUACCCCCCCAUACUCACACUUCUAGGAUCACCCACAGUGAUGAACGGUCGGGAUAGGAAAUCGUUAAAACCUCUAGUGACUCCCCAUCCCGCAUGCAGGAGCGUAUGACAAUUAUCCCGCUUAAGGGAUGGGUAGCGUCAAGAAGUUCAGAACCUGGUAUGGGCCUUCCCAAUGGGGCUGCUUCCAGUCUAUUCUCCUCAGGGACUGGAUCCACAACCCAGUCUCCUUGUUGGAUUGAGUGAAUCCCCUUCUCCUGUAAUUCACCUGUUGGGCACAAAAUCUUGGACAUACGGGUUUGGUUACCAAACAGUCUUCUCAUGUGUUCUGCUAGUAUAUCUUCAACUUCUAUGUCUACCUGUUCUGGUCCCUAACUCUGGCAUUAUAUUUGUUCUACCUUACUAGCUAAAAUGUCAUCCAUUAUUUAAAGACCGAGAUCCUAGUAAACCAACUCUAGGGAUAAUAUCUCUACCUAAUAUUUGUACUACCAUAAUCGUGUCCGCCAAGUAAGUUGGGAACGCUUCUACCCAUCUGCUAUAUUUAUCUAUUAUAAUAAAAAUGUAAGUAGGUCGUUAUCACCUAGGACACAACGUCUUUCCUAACCUGCAGUGUUUCCUAACCUGCUCUACCAUCCUUCCUCUAACCUGCUUUCUGUCUAACCUGGUGAUUGUUCUGUGCACAUAUAACACAACAUGAACAUUUUUUUUUAAAAGAGUUAGUUAUUCCGUAUGCUACAAAGUGUUGUCUAAUUAUCCCUACCAUCCCUCCGGUUGAUACGUGGCUCUGCCCAUGUAUCAAUAUUGCUACAUAUCCAAACAAUGACUUAAGUAGUUCUGUUACUAUCCAUUCCUUUAUUAUGAGCCUCACACUUACAAAUGGCUAACUUUUCUGGCAAAAGUACAGCCUCUCAUAGAUUCAAAAUCAACUGACCGAAAUCUCUACUGGGGCUGCUUUCUUUGUCAAAACCUUGGAGAAUUGCACUGUGCAUCUCUUUCUCUAAUUACACUCCCCCUCUACCAAGUCCUCAAAGAUGGGGGGUAAUCUUUUUUAUGGCCUCUGGCUUUCUGUGGGAGUGACAGCCACAUUCAACAGAUUUAUGUAGACGUAACCUGGAGUUCCGGACUGGAGUGCAUGCCUGCCCUCCCAACGUCUCAUGUUUCAUAACCAAUGGAGCAUACAGUCUCUCUGCUGAUGUCCGAAAUCUGAACAAUCAAAAUCUUUUCCCCAUUUCUUGUCGAUGUCAAAUAGGACUUCUGUUCCUUUUGUAAUGCCAGAUCAAUAGUAACCAAUUCGAAAACUUCACAAUCAGUGUUUACAACAGAAUCCUGAACCUCCUCCUCACUAGAGUCUAUUCCCCCGCUCCCCAUAAUUAGUCCUGCCUCAAUUCCCCUUCCUCUUCUGAGUCUUGGUGCUCAUAGUGAACUGCAUAUCUCUUCACCUCACCUAGCUCGGCUCGCCCUCACCCUACUAAGUUCUGUUUAAUGAUACGGCUUAUCUCGGGACGCAUUCCACUAAGGAAAGCAAUUAUUUAUUGUUGACUAUAAGGGACAUUGGGUCCCUCCACUGCAGGGGAUUCUUUUAACCCACUAUUUAGAGUUAAACACAGCCUUUAAUCUUUCUAGGUAUUGACUUAGUCUCUCUGUCGCCCUGUUUGUCCUCAGACUUUAGAAAAAUCAACAUGUCUAUAGUAUUGAUCUCAAAGAUUAUUACAUAGUUCAUUCAGUUUAUCUUGUCCUCUCAAUGAUCCUGGAUCACCACAGAUGUCAUACAUUCCUGUCCUGUUGGCUUAGAAUAUGUCCUGAAUACUUAACAUAAGUCUACCAUUAGUCCAAGGCUAUACCAUUUCUUUCUUCUCUUUGGUUCAAACUACAAAUAUGUCAAACAACUAUAAACUCCAUCAUAAUGAACAAUUACACAAAAUGACCUUAAAAUCAGUAUUACAAAUGACCUUAAAUUCAUUAUUCAUUAAAUUCAUUAUCCAAAUGGCCCUCCCAUGAGGCCAUACUUAUUUCAAUGGGUGGUUUGACUUUUGACCUCUAUCAUGGCUUUCCUUUGUGGUCUGCCACAAAUUAUUGUUUUUGCGACUCUCGACUGAUUAAUAUAUCUAUCGCUACUUGUCAUAGUCUCAGACUACUUCCCAUAUACAAUAGACUAUUUAGGUCCCACACGUAAACGAGUUACCGCUUCUUAUGACUCUUGACUUGUUAAUAAACCUGUCCCUUGCUGAUAUCCUUCUUUAAACUUUCUCUCACCCUUUCUCUACUCAGUAAUUUCGGUAGUUGUCUCCUACUCGGUCACAAUGUUUACAGGGAGCCUUACAUUCCCGGUCGACAUGUCCUGUCAUUAAAAAUGUCUGUAAAUAUCUGUAAUUACUGUAGUGUAUGCUGUAGUGUAUACAUACAAAGGUGUUUGUAUUGCAUUUGAUACAUUUUCAUGUAAGUUUGUAGUCUGAUUCCUCUCAAGCUUUUGUGGGGUACCCCAGGUUAGCCACCAGGGAGAGACGCAUUGAGGCCUGGUAACAGAUGGGAGUCUACAUCACACAGCGAUGGCUCCCUCUGCUGGAAUUGCCAGGUCUCGAAUGGGUCUCCGGCCAGGACUAACUGAGGCUGAUUAUGCUUGGUAAGUAAUCAUGGGGUGUCAGUAAACAUCGGUCAUAUUUGCAAAUAAAUUCAUUAAA